GCCAAGCCUGAUCCGAAACGUUCGAUUUUUAAAAUCCAUAGAUUUCGUUUAUUUUAGUGUUAUGUGCCAGUGAUAUUAGACUGAUAUUAAUCUGUGUACCAAAGAAUAUUUAUUAGCUGUGAUAUAAUUUAUGACAUCAAAGAUGAUAGAUAAUUGUGCAUUGUGCAGUGGAUGUUCGAAGGCGCCAAGGAUGAAAAUUAAUUAUCCUUUUCCUAAAAGGCUAUUGGUGGCUGUAUCCAUAAUAGUAAUAAUAGCCAUGUGUAUUACAACGGCCGAAGCGCGUUCCGUGGAACACAGGUGGCGGCAUCACAAACGGCAGCCAGAUAUGGCACAACUUACCAAAGAGACGCUGAAAAGACCAAAAAAUCCCACAGUAGAGAGCUAUAAGAACGCAACGAGGAAAAUUAAACACAAACUAAGAAAUACGAAGCGGUUUUUCGACCAAGACAGGAAGUUGCUGAACGAAACGCGGGACUACAGGGAUGGGAUGCCGGGUUGGCUGCCAACAGUCAACUUUGUGGACAUACACUUCCAUGACUAUAGAAUGACGAGGAAACCGGGGAGCUCGAUCUCAGAGAGAAAGUUCACCUAUCUGAUGCCGAAGCUGUACAAGACCCUGCGUGAAUACGAAUUACUAUUUAGAAGACUACGCAACGUCCAAGUAGACCUAUCCGACGACCCGUUCAACAACUACGUUGCUUUACGGGAGAAGAUCCUUGAAAAUACGAUAAACAGACUCCGUAGCACAAUGGCGGAAAUAACUGAGAACAUGGUGGCUGUGAACAUGCCAGAACCGUCGUUUGACAAAACCAAGAUCAAACUCGAAACAUUGGAGAUGAAAGUUGACGCGACGCAAUGUCUCAAGAACGAUUAUAUUGCGUUGAGAGGUUACGGAAACUUACUGAAUAACUGGUAUUCGGAGUUCAGAUGUCCGCUCAGUAAGAAUGACAAGAAAUGCUCUGCAUAUCACGCGAAACUGCGAGUGAAGAAAGGCAACAAACGGCCUAAAAAUAGAAUGACAAAUUAGGUAGGUAUUUGCUCUAUGACGUUUACUGAGUUUCUCGAUUUUCGUUGUUUAAGUAUUGGGUACUCGCUCUGUGAUAUUUAGUAUUCUCUAGUUAGUGAUUUUAAUUUAUUGACUAAGAUAAGUAUGUUAGUUCCUUUUCUAUCUGUUUUGUCUGUCCUUAUUUAUUUUUCUUUGUGAAUUUCACAAAUAUCUCAACUAGUAUUACUAGAUGGCUGAUAAGCCUUUUUAGAAAAGACUUUUAGACCUAUUCAUGAAUGUACCGCGCGAAUAGCUUGUAAUUGUGUACGUCUGAAAAUUGCAUAUAUGACAAAACAUUCACCUAUUUACGGUGUUUAUGAAUAAGAUAUAGUAAUAAGGUGCUUAUUUUAGUAGCGACGUUUUAGUAUAGGCACUUUAGUAAAAUAAAAUAUUUUGAGGAAAAGUUCGCGCAUGUUUUAGUUUGCCUAGAAGACAAAAAAAACCUACUCUUCCGAGUAUCUUCUGCUAAGUGCCACUGACUUUAUCAGCUACACACAAAUAUUGUUAAUAUUGUCAUCCCAAAUCUGUGUAAAUGAUAUACAUGUGAUGUUAAAAUACAUUUAUAUUUCUUUAUAUAAUAUUCUUUGAUAUCCGUUAUGUUGAUGAUAUGUGUAAGUACCA